AGCAGUUCUGGUUGUGCAUGUCGAAGAGUCUACCAUCUUUCUGUGUUUUCACAAAAUGACAUCGAUGUUGAGAAAUUUGACGCGGGGAGUCGUCAGAGCAUGCUAUUCGUCUCUUCUUAGGAUGCCUGGAAAAUCUGGGAAUAUGCAACAGUCAAAAUGUUUAUCAUUCAAGAGUUCACUGCCUAACAGUUCUGUUUAUGGACACGCAGAGACUUCAGGCUACACCUUAUUUGGAAAUUCACUAAAAUUGUGUGUUAUACAACCAUGCCGUACUAAAGCUAGAGGACACACCUACCAACCCAGUGUUCUAAAGAGGAUAAGGAAACAUGGUUGGCAUGCUAGACUGAAAUCCAAAAGCGGAAUCAAAGUGAUUCUGCGGCGCAUGCUGAAAGGCAGAAAGAUCCUUGCGUGAACCACGACAAAACAUUUGUAGUUGUUUUUCCAAGAAUUCAUCAGCAAUGAUUGAUCUGUAUGACAAUUGAAAACUAUGGAAUCAUUUUCACUUUUUAAAAAAACAGUUUAGGUACACCAUGGAGACAGAAUAAAUGUGAUAUUGACAACUUUA